GAGCGGAACCUUUCUGUGUUGUUUGACGCCAUCACGUCCGGAGCGCUUAGCGUUGUACACAGGAAGUAAAUUCAAGCCAGACAGAGAAGGAGGUUGUAAUUUGCAAGUAUAUCAAGUGUUUUGGUCAGUUAACAGUACAUAUUAUUUCGAGUUGUUGUACAUUGUUUAUUCAAGAUGCUGAUCAAAGUGAAGACUCUCACUGGGAAAGAAAUCGAGAUUGACAUCGAGCCCACAGACAAGGUGGAGCGAAUUAAAGAGAGGGUGGAAGAGAAAGAGGGGAUCCCCCCGCAGCAACAGAGACUCAUCUACAGUGGAAAACAGAUGAAUGAUGAGAAGACAGCUGCAGACUACAAGAUCCAGGGAGGCUCAGUGCUCCAUCUUGUGUUGGCGCUAAGAGGCGGCUCAACACUCCACAGGCCCUGUAUACACCUCUCCUCCCUGUCAUGAAUCGCUUUUGUCAUGGGGCCAGCGAGUGCCAACGCUUUAGGUGCCCGUCACCGUCUAACCAUGUUUCAGCACCAAGAUCUGAAACCCCACGCUCCUGGACAGACGCAAAAAAAA